GACACUAUAGCUUCACGCUUACGGGUUUUAGCCUGCGUCCGAUUUUGCAAACCUCUCAGCGGACCGAUGCCUUGUUCCAAGUAUUGUUAGCAUGGAGAUAUUAUUACAUUGUGCUAGCGAAUCCCCAUGGUCAAGCGCCAGCGCUUACGCCGGGGUAGAUGCUCUGAGGGGACCUACGUAGGCUUCAGCAGGCCAAAUGUUCUGCUGCUUCAAGUCUCAGGCUGUGGAUGGACAUUCCACAGCUGCGGGCUCGGCACGACCGAAGCCGGGUGACGGGGCUGCUCCGGCUGGGUCGACCGUGCCGAGCGGCACAGCGCUUUCGCAGGAAGAAGCAGUAAAACAGCAAAAUGCAUCAGAAGCUUACGCUGAGGGCCAGCGGCAGCAAUUUGGGCAUCGGCAACAAAACGUUUCGCUGCCAGCGGCGCAGGAUGGCGUUAUGCGCGUUGUCGCAUUGCUCCAGGAGCUGCUUGGACAUACGUCAGAGCGCAUGCAGGUCAGCCGCAUCAUGGCGUUGCUAUGCCAGCGGCUCUCAGUCUCGUGGGCCUGCCUCACGGCGCUGUCCUCUGAUGGGGAGGUCUUCCAGCAUCUGGGCGCGGCGUAUCACUUGGAGUAUAAUAAACUCACGACGGGAGCGUCCUUCUCCUCCUGCCGCACCAACAGCGGCGUGCAGUUCCUCAAUCAGGGCCCUGGGCUGGGGGUUGGUGGCGGCGACCGGGGGCGCGGGCCGCCCUCCCGCACUAGCUCCACCAACAGCCUGGCAGCAGCGACGACGGUGGAGGUGGGCAUGUCGGACCCGCACGUGCUGCGCGGCAGCGACACCAGCGUGGAGACGGCCGCAUGCUCGGGCCAGCCACUGUACCUCAGUGACCCGGGUGUUGUGGCGAUGGCGGCCUCACCGGCGGCGCAGCCAGGCGGCGUGCCGCCGCCGUGGGGCCGGCCCACGCCCGCAAGCCCUGGCAACUUGCCCAUGCCCCCGCCCAGCAUGGACAUCAACCCGGGCGCGCAGUUCGUGGCUGCUGCCGUAGGUCAACGGGGCUUGCAGCAGUCGUUGUCGCAGCCGCAUCCGCACCAGCACCAGGCGCACGACGGGGCCGGCGCCUUGCCCGGCGCCACCACCGGCUCGGCGGGCAACGUGUCGAUGGACGGUAUGACGGGCACGGCCACGAUCACCGGCGGCACCAGCCGCGGCCCCUCGCUGUUGUCGCGCGACGUCAGCAACAGCACCUCGCAGGCGACGGAGAUGACGCCGCCCUUCGCAGCCUGGCCCCUGGACUGGCAGCUGCUGUGCCGGGAGAAGGGCCUGCGCGCCUUCGCCUGCCUACCCGUCACCGCCACCAACGGCAGCGACACGGUGGUGGGCUGCCUGUCGCUGGGCAGUGUGGAGCCCAUCGACUGGACCAAGCAGUUCUGGCACGCAUCCACCAAGCUCAUCACAGGCUGGGCGGCGGGCGCCAUCACCACCACGCGGGCCACCGCGCGCGCCUCCUUUUACUCGCGGCUGCUGGGCGCCACGGACCUGGACGGGCUGGCGCGGGCGUUUGCCUAUGACAUGCCUGUGUUCCUGGCCGACGGCGCGGCGGGCCCCGGGACGGCGCUGCCCGAGGUGCGGCUGGCGCUGGUGUCCAGCCGCCUGCAGCACGCGGUCGUGUACGCGGCGCCGCUGCUGCAGGUGUCAGGGCGGCUGGGCCUGCCACCCUGGAGCGGCGUGGGCGCGGCGGGCAGUGCUGGCGGGUACGGCGGGUACGGCGGCUACGGCGGCUACGGGACAGGCGGAGGUGGAGGUGGGGGCCCUGGCGUGCUGGCUCUAGGGAUGGGCGGCAUCGUGAUGGGCGGCGGCUCUCAGGCGUCGCCUAUGGGCGUGCAGCCGUCGGCGGCCAGUAGCUCGAGCUCCUCCAUGGGUGGCCUGGUGCUCGUGCCCGCGGGCGGGGCAGGAGGAGGCGGAGGUGGGGGUCGAGGCACCGCUGCAGCCAAUGGUGCUGUAGGCGGGGGCGGGGGCGGUGGCGCCGGCACGGGGAUAGUGGUGGGGCGGAAUAGCGGCAACGGCAACGGCAGCUCGCCGAUGGGGUACGACACCAUGGACUGCAUGGUCCUGGGGUCGGCGAUGGACGGCGAGGACGGCAUGGUGUCGGGCGACAGCAGCAGCAACAGCGGCCAGCGGGGCCAGGCGCUGUCGGCGCAGGGCAGCGUCAGGGCCAUGCUCCGCAGCGGCGGCGCGCGCGGCGGCGGCCGCAACGCCGCGCCGCCAGUGGAGCACGUGCCGGUGGAGUGCAUCAAGAUAGGCACGGACAGCACACUGCUGAUGAGCGUGCUGGAGGCUGGCGACAUCAUGAUCAUCAAGGACGCGCUGCAGUACUUUGGCGGCGGCCGCAUGGUGGCGCGAGACCUGGCGCUUAACAACAGCCGGCCCGCCACCGCCGGCACACUGGUCAUUCUGCCGCUGGUGCACCGCUGCCGCUCGCUGGGAUGCGUGUACGUGUUCGCACGGAACGAGUUCAACCUGUCCUUCAGCCGCGCCGCCUGGGCGGACCUGGCAGCCAUGCUGUCGCGGGCGGUGUUCGGGCAGCUGGUGGGCAAGCUGCGGCACGAAUGGUAUGCGGUGCUGUCAGAGGACCCGCAGCAGGCGCCGCGGCCGGUGGAGCAGCGCGGCCGCGUACGGCGCACCAUCACCGGCAACAGCCUGUGCUCCAAUGCCUCCUCGCUGAGACCGUCCUUCGAGAUCGCAGGGCGCAGCAUGGACCCCGGGGGGACCACCGCCGCGGGCAAUCAGCACGCAGCGGAGGCGCUGGCGGCGGCGGCAGAGGCGCUCGCGUAUGCCGGGCUUAUGAUGCCCGCGUCCGACGAGCCGCCGCUGAGCGCGGCCGCGGUUGCCGGCGCGGCGGCAGUGCUGGCGCCGAUAUCAGGGGGCGUGCCGCCGCCACCGCCGGCCGCCUCCACCGGCAACACACCCUCGCUCACGGUGGCUGGCGCCACUGCCGCCGUGAACGCGAUGGUGCUGUCGGCGCGGGGGUCCACCAGCGGGCCCUCGUCAGCCGGGACGCCGCCAGGAGGCAAGGGCCGGCACCGCAUCCCGCCGGAGCACGCAGCAAGCAGUGGCGGCGGCUUCGCGGCGAGCUCGGACGAGCAGCAGUCGUCGCUGGGGCAGGCGCCCACCUCGGCGACGCUGUCGCAGGACCCGGCCGCACAGCAGCGGUCCUCUGGCGAGGAGCCCGCGGCGCCAGCAACGCAGCCGGACCCCGGCUCCUUUCCACUGACGGCGCAGCCGGACCUGUCGGACCCUGGCCAGUCGGACGCAGGCCAGUCGCCGCAGGGCCAGGGGCAGCGGCCUCAGGCGGAGCCGCCCCAGGACGCAGCCCAGCCGCCGGUGGGGCCGGACGGCGAGGUCAGCCAGGCCACACAGGCCUCGCUGCUGGACGGCAUGGAGGGCGCCGCGGCGGCGGUGCCCAUGGUUUCGUCGCCCACGUCGACUGGCCCCGGCCGGGACGCACUUAGCCCCACGCCGGGCAGCCUCAGCUUCACGCUCCCGCCCGGCAUCGACGGCGGCGGGAUGCCGCUGUUGCCAGAUGUAGCCAUGCCGCGGGUGCUGGCGUCGGCGUCGCCGUUCGGCUCGGCGGCGGCGCUGGCGGCCGGCGGGCGAGGGUCAGGCUCGGGCGCGCUGCGGUUGGCCCAGGCGAAUGCGGCUUCGGCGCAGGCGGCCGCAGACAUGCUGACGACGGAGAACAUUGAGCUGUCGCUGCAGAUGCCCGCGCCGAGCGGGUCGGGCGGCGGCGGCGUGGUGGGUACGCUGCAGGAGGUGGCUUUAAGCGCUGCGGCAGCGGCGGCUGCGGCGGCGGCGCAACCCGAUGACGGCCGCAAGUCCAGCCCGCCGCGGCUGCGCGUGGCGGCGGCGGUGAUUCCGGAGCUGUCGCCGGGCCUGGAGCACCCCAUGAGCGCACUGACUGCCAGCCUCAGCGGCGGCGGCUCGCACGUGUUGGGGUCUCAGGACGGGCCGGGCGCCCGCACCGCGCACGGCAGCGCCAAGGUCCGCGUCCGCGUGCUAGACACGUUGCCGUCCAGCAUCGCUUCGGAGGCGGCGGCGGCGUUGGCGGGGACUAGCGGCGCGUCGGGGGUGUCAGCGGACACCCCGGGGCCCGGCCACGGCUCGGCGCCGCCCAUGGAGGGAGGCGAACUUGGGGAGGACGGGGACCUCACAGGCAGCAGCCGGGAGCUGCAGGGCUGGCCGGAGCUGGUGGACAUCCUGUACGACAUGAACCGCACCCGCAACGUGUCGGUGUACCUGGCGGCCUACCGCGGCCGGGCGGUGGCGGUCAAGAUGAUGCGCAGCCACAUGUCCAUGGACGGCCGGCCGGGGCACCUGGAGUCUGAGGCCAUGACCAUCGCCGCGCAGCAGCUGCUCAGCACGGUGCGGCACCCCAACAUCCUGCGGGUGCUCAUGGUGUACCCGCUCGUCUACGAGGUAGUGGCAGGCAGCGCCAAGGGCGCCGCAGGCGCCGCAGGCCGUCACGGCUCCGGACCGCCCAUCCCCAGCGGCAGCUUCAACACCCACCACGGCGGCGGUGGAGCCGCCGCCGCCUUCGCCGCCGGCGGCUCCCUGGGCGCCGGCGGCCGGGCCCUGCACCUGGCGGCGGCGCAGCCGCACCUGUACGGCAGCGGCGGCGCCGGCGGCGGCCUGAGCGUGCAGGCGCACGCGCUGGCGGACCUGCUGGCGGGCGCGGCGGGCGCAGACCUGCCGGCCGGCGGCGUGUACUUGACGGCGGUGCUGCCGCGGCGCGAGAAGUUUAAGCGCGGCCUGGCGCUGAUGCUGGAGCUGUUCCCCUCGCUGAGCCUGCGCGAGGCGCUGCAGCGGCGCAUGCUGCUGCUGAACGCCGCCGCCACCUCCGCGCCGCAGGACGGCACCAACAGCACCGUCAUGGGCUACGGCGGCGGCGGCGGCGUCAGCACCGCCGACUCCCUGGGCGGGCCGCCGUACGGCGCUUCGGCGCUCAGCGAGGCGGGCUACCCCACCACCCCCGCCGCCAGUGGCCCACAGCCCUACUUCCUGGGCGCGGGCUUGGGCGCGCCGGGCGCCGCCGCCUCCGGCGGGCUGGGCAGCACCGGGCCGCCGCCGCCCAGCGGCGGCGGCGGCGGCGGCGUGCCGUCGCUGGUGUCGCCGCACCACGCCUCCGCCGCCGGCUUCCUGCAGCCACACGGCUUCCUGCCGACGCUGCCGGAAACGCGCGUGUCGCGCGAUGACGCCGGGCCCGGCACCGGGCCCUUCAGCGCCGCGGGCCACGCCGUGCCGCAUGCGGCGCUGGUGGCGGGCAGCGGCUUUCCGGUCAGCAACACCGACACCGCGCCCGCCUUUGGCACCACCACCAUCACCACCCUGGCCUCCAACAACAACAGCGGCGGCGGCAGCGGCCACCAUGCGCUGGUCGGGAUCAGCGGUGGCGGCGGCGGCGGCGGUGGCGGUGGCAGCACGCCGCACAUGUCCGUGCUGCUGUCCAUCCUGCAGCAGGUGGCGGCGGGCAUGGCGGCGCUACACGCCGCCGGCAUGGCGCACGGCGAGCUGCGGCCGGAGAACGUGCUGCUGGCGCUGCCGCCAGGCAGCGCCGCCGGCAUGUUCGGCGGCGGCGGCGGCGGGGUAGGAACAGGCCACGGCGGCGACGGCGGCACGCCGCGCGUGACGCCGCCGACGCCGCGCACGCACGUCAGCGGCGCCAACUUGAUCCCGAGCGGCAACAGCGGCAACGGGCGGCGCGCGGGCGCGCGUGUGUCGUACUCCAGCGGUCGCGGCGGCAACAUGUCGGUGGUGCAGACGGAGCGCUACACGGCCGAGCGGCCGAUGCAGGGGCGGUCCAUAGGCCCGGAGGUGAUCGUCAAGAUCAAAGACGCAGGCAUGACUGUGGUGGGCUUCAGCAAGGGCGCGCAGUCGGUUCGCAAGCUGCUGCAGCGCAACCGCUCCACGCUGCUGCCCUUCCUGCCGCCCGAGGUACACCGCGGCGAACGCUUCGGCCGCAGCGCCGACGUGUACAUGUUCGGACUGCUCAUGUGGGAGCUGUACACGGGCGGCGUGGCCUUCUCCAACCUGACCGGCACGCCCAUCAAGCUGCUGCAGACCGUGAUCGCCGACGGCGUGCGGCCGCCCUGGCCCGACGGCGUGCCGGGCUGGUACAUGUCAAUGGCCAGCCGGUGCUGGGCCGGCAACCCCAAGCAGCGGCCCUCCUUCCGCCGCAUCGUGGACAAGCUGCAGGAGGUGGCGAGCGCGCAGGCCCUCGCGAGCUCUGCCGCGGCGGCGGGCUGGGUCGGCGUAAGUUCGUUCCAUGCCUAGUGGCGGGAGGCGUGGCCGGCGGCGGAUGCGGCCCGCCUGGGCGUCGCGGGCCCGUGCGCCUAAGCGAUACUGGCGCGGGUAGCGGCCUAGCGAAGGAGGCGGGCGGCAACAGGAGCGGUCAGAGCAGCGGCGGGGUUGGCGCAGCUAAACCUUGUGGGCUGGGUUGGGUGGAGCGCGAAAUUGUUAUGCGGCGGCAGCAUCACCAUGAAUUGCGCGCGCGGGUGUUUUGGUGGUGUUGGGUUGCAGUCUUGGACUGCGUUUUUGUCCGAGAGCGGUGUGGUAGGUAAGCACAAGGGCAGGUGACGUGUGGAGGUGUCCUUGAGAUGUGCUGCGUGCACGGGUUGAAUGUGCGUGUGUGCCCGUGUCGUGACGUGGUGCCCGGGCGCUACCUGCACGUCGUACCAUCAAGGCACCUGCUGGCCUGCAUUUUCCUGUGAUUAGGCCCGGGGUACUUCCACUACCUAUGAGGGGGCGGAGGGCGUCCGUCGUUCCUAUACAUACACAUAGCGAUCUGUCGUGGCGGUAGAACCGGCGUCCGCAUGUGCGCGAUGAUGUGAGCUUUGGAGGUGCAUUCUUCGGUGCAUGCUCCGGUGCGAGUGCGUGUGCGUCAAGCAGUCAGGAGCACCGAGGACUACUAUGCAUUGUGUGGGCGGGUUUGUGUCGUUGUGUUUCUGUGGUGUGGUAGCUUGCGGCGAUGCUUUCCGGGUCGGACGCCGAGCGUUGGGAGGAGGUGUGGCGAGCGACUUCAGUCGAGAAAUCGGUACUGCUAUCAGAACUUGCUGCAAUGCGGGUCUGCAGCGCAACGGCAAGAGAACAACAACGCGCUGUCCCACCAGCUGAUGUAGAGGGCGGUACUGCUCAAGCAAUGAAUGUGAAGUGCGUUCGCGUAAGGAACAUACGGUACUUGUGUACCUGCAACGAGGGACAGACCGUCGAAGCGGCCUCUGAGAUUGUUGCAAGUGUGGGGCUGAGUCCGUGAUCCAUGUAUCAAUAUGCGCCUGCUGAUUGCGGUUGCGGUGGGUAGCAAAUAGCACAGUAUAGCUGCGGCAUGCAAGGUAGCGUCAAUCGCAGAACAUGCUGCAAGGUAAUUGGAUGCGCGUGCGAGACUGCAGCUGGUACUAAUGACAUGCACCCUAAUGCACUGUUGGUAACUCCCACACCUAGAGCAGCUGGAUGGAGUCUUGAACGCCAGGUGAACGAUUCACAUCAAAUGUGCUCCACUGUACGGUUGUGGCUGGAAGUGAAGUACAUGGAGGGAUCGGCGGCAGGAUUUGGAAUCCAGUUGACGGAAUACCUUAAUGCAGUCUUUUAUGUAGCUGGUUUGUGUAGUGGUCGCGUUGCCUCGGCGUCCACUCAGGACGGUGUAAGAGGGCUUAAGAGCUAGCGAAGAGCCUGCCCGACUUCCGCGAGAGCCACGGAUGGCCCACUGUGGGGGCAAAGACGCACCCGCGGAGCCGUAAGUUGUGUCGGUGCAUUUCGGUGUUCUGACACGGCGUAAGGCAAGGAGUCCUGCAUCUGGUUGCUACAUCGGAUUCGGCAAGAGGCCCCACGUAGCCAUCAGCGGAGCUGCCAGUCCGCGGGCAAGGAUGCUGUGAACACCCGUGCUGCCUGUGUCCCAACUCCCAAGGAAG